CUCCAUGUGAAGACCAUGAUAAAAGGUGAGCAGAGAAGCCGAAUUCACUGUCAAAGUCCAGCAGUCAGUAUGCAUUCCGCCUGUGUUCUUCUCCUUUGCCUCAUCUCGGCAUGCAGUGCCUUUAACAUCCGGGCCACUGGAAGCUGCUGCUCUCCUAGUGAACUUCAAGGCAUCGCCUACAGCACUGGCCUCGUUUUUGUGAGCGGACGAGAAGUAUCAUUUGUCGGCAACUCAUGGUUCUACUAUUCUGAAUCGGAACAGAAAAUAGCCACUUUAUCAUUGAUUUUGAUCCCAAGCCUUGGAAACAUCACAGUGCUGACUAAGACCUUACAAGACUACACCACCAGCAGAAAGUACACCGUCACUAAUGGAAGGUGUAACAUCACUAGCCUGGCUGACCCUUUUGCCCGAUCCUGUUUGCCUUCCAGUGCCGUUAAGUAUGGAUCAAUCAAACUGGGAUCCCCAACGCAAAACCUAAAGGUAAACACUUACACGUACUCAACAAGUUCUGCUUCAACCAAAACGACCGUCGAAUCAAUGAAGUAUGAAGAAACAAAUGGUUGUUACGAUGUUGUGUAUUCUGUAACCACUCGUACCCGGGGUGGAUCCCUUAUCUCAAAUGUGGAUCUUGUGGCUGGGGACCACCAAACCACCAUAUCCAACACUAAUGUUUUCAACGUACCAAGCGAAUGCACAAGCAAGUCCUUUAUGAAGGAAGAGGAGCUGCUUGGAGAAAUACCUCUUGAUUUCAUAAAGUAUAUCAUUUAAAAAGGACCUGCCUGUCAGAGUUAUUGACGUAUGUUCUUUAAACGACUUUCAGUUUAUAAAAUAUAUAAAUAUAUAAUUACUAUCAUGGUUUGCUUUGAACAAUUUGUCUAUAGCUUUUAGAAGUUAGAUAUAUACAAAUGUAUAUGAGAUUCAAAUUGAUUUUUAAUAAAUGCGCAAGGCACAAAUGAUUGACAUACAAUCAAUUUCUACUAAUCUUUUACCUGUGGAUAUAACUAUUCUCCAAAAGUGUACAAGAAGCAUCAAUAAAUUCUUUUAAAGUUGAAAAAA